AUGGGCUGCUGCCAGUCGAGGCUGGAGCGGCAGGAGGCGGUGUCGCGCUGCAAGGCGCGCCGCCGCUACACCAAGCACCUCGUCCAGGCGCGCCGGGACAUGGCCGCCGCGCACGCGCUCUACCUCCGCUCCCUGCGCGCCACCGGCGCCGCCCUGCUCCAGUUCGCCACCGCCGAGUCCGACAACCCGCACCCGCGCCCCCUCCGUCACCAGCCGCCGCCCUCCCCACCUCCCCCUCCCCCUCCUCCGCCACCUCCCCCGCCGCUCAGCCCCGCCCGCACCGCCACGUCCUGGACCACCACCACCUCCUCCUCCACCAUCAGCGCGUCCCAGAUCCUGCCUCCCCCCCCUCCCCCGCCGCCACCACCUCCCCCAAUGCCCUCCAGCUGGGACUUCUGGGACCCCUUCGCGCCCUCCUCCUCCCGCUCCCCCGCCGACCACGCCGACUGGGACGACGAAUCCGCCACACCCACACCCAUCCCCGCCGCCGCCACCGCCCCCGCGCCGCCGCCCGUCACCGCAACCACAACCGCCGCGCGCGCCCAGGCCCCGCCCCCGGCGCCCUCCGUCGUCACCACCACCACCUCCACCGCCAGCGACCUCACCGUCGUCGCCCUGCCCCGCAACGCCAACACCACCACCGCCUCCGGGGCCGGCAACAAGGACCUCGCCGAGAUCGCCACCGAGCUCGACGAGUACUUCCUCAAGGCCGCCGACGCCGGGGCCCGCGUCGCCGCGCUGCUCGAGGCGCCCAUCUGCGAGCUGCCCGGCGCCAACCACAGCCUCCCAGGCAAGGUGCUGAGCUACGGCAAGAACCUGAAGCCGAUGGGGUGGUCGUGGAGCGGAGGGGGAGGUGGAGGGUACGGGAAAGGCAGCAACAAUGGCUUCUCCAGGUUCGACAGAGGAGACGACGGCGGAGGCAGUGGGAUCCUCAGCCACUCCUCCACCGUCGAGAGGCUCUACGCCUGGGAGAAGAAGCUCUUUCUUGAUGUCAAGAGUUACGAGGGGCUUAAGCAGGAGCACGACAAGAAGGUAGGGCUGCUGCGGAAGCAGGAGGUGAGGGGCGUGGACUACCUCAAAAUGGAGAAGAACAGGAUGGAGAUGGAGAGCCUGGAGUCCAAGAUGCUGGUGGCCACCCAGUCCAUCGACACCACCACCUCCGAGAUCAUCAGGCUCAGAGAAUCCGAGCUGUUUCCUCAGCUCCUUGAGCUGGUUGCUGGCUUGAUGAGCAUGUGGAGGGGCAUGUACGAGUGUCAUCAAGUGCAGACCCACAUGGUGCAGCAGCUUGAAUAUCUCACCAAUUCCUUGAGUACCAACCCGACCUCCAAUGACCACCGGCAAGCAGCUCUCCAGCUCGAGAUAGAGGUGGACAGGUGGUACUCGGCAUUCUGCAGCCUGGUCAAGUCCCAGAGAGACUAUGUCUAUUCGUUGACCGGCUGGCUUCGCCUCUCCCUGUUCCAAUGCCAUCAUAAUCCACUUGUGAAAAACAUCCAGAACUCCGAUAUCUACGCCCUGUGUGAGGAAUGGCAGCUAGCUAUUGACCGGAUCCCCGACAAGGUGGCUUCAGAAGGGAUCAAGACUCUCCUGUCAGUGAUCCAUGCCGUCGUAGUUCAGCAGGUGGAGGAGCAGAAGCAAAAGAAGAGGUCAGACGCUGCUUUCAAGGAAUUCGAGAAGAAGACUGAGGAGCUGAGAUCCCUGGAGUCCAAAUAUGGGCCGUACUCUGCUGAGGGUUACGGAGAAAUGACGCGGAAGACACCGGUGUCGGAGAAGCGGGUGAAGGUAGAGGCCCUGAGGAGCAGGGCGGAUGAUGAGAAGAGCAAGUACCAGAAGAGCGUCGGGGUCACGAGAGCGAUGACCCUGAACAACCUCCAGACAGGGUUCCCCAACGUCUUCCAGGCGAUGACGGGCUUCGCCAGCGUUUGCAUGGAGGCGUUCGAGUCGGUUUACAACUUCAAGCGCAGCUCAGACCGGGCUCCGCUUGACAUGAAGAGGCUACUGACCUGAGAGUGGCAUCGCUUCAAGAUGGCUUAGGCUCACUGUAUAAAAUGUAUACAAUCGUGGACUUCUAGUGUAAUGGUAGAGGCCUGAAGAGAUUUACCUGGGUAGGCACAGAAAUGCCUUGAGCUCAUUUACUUUCUGUAAAUGAACUUGAGCCUUCCUUUUCGCGCAGCUACUAGGGUAUUAAUCUGUUGUCUAAUCCAUA